AUGGAGCGGCUGCACCAGCCGACGGCGCACGAGUUGCGGCAGCAGCGUGAAGAGGCGGAGCGGAGGGAGAAAGCGCGGGAAGAGAUGCUGGAGAGGCGGCGGAACGAAGAGCGGCGAAAACAGGGGCUGGUAACCCGCGCGGCGACGAUCAUCGCGACCGCGGGGAUGCCGGGCGCGCGGGAGUUCCGCGCGGAGCAGGAGCGGCGGGAGGAAGAACGGCGCGCGGAAGAACUGCGCGAGCAGGAGCGGGGGGAGGCGGAAGAGCGGCGAUUGAGGGAAGAGGAGGAGCGGCGCCUGCAGCUGAAAACCCGGGCGGCGACGAUUGUCGCUAAUGCGCCGUCGUGGGAAAAUCCGGAAAAACCGGGCGUGAUUGCGAGAGAAUCGUCGCCUUUGCAGUUGCCGCGACGUCGCCCACUGACGCUACAGAUCGACGACACGAUCGGCGAUUGUAACGUUGUAACAGUCGCUUCUCCCGCGAUAGGCUCUGCCAGGCCUCCGCGGCAAGGCGCUUGGGGGUCGGAACGCAGCCCGCGAUCAGCGCCGCUAGCGACGGCGGCGUUCGCGUCCGCGCAAUCAGCGAUGGCGGGAGCGAAGUCCCCCGGAUCGAUCUCCCGGGGCGCGGCGCGCUCUUUCGGGUCCCCCUCACCCAUGUCACUCCUUCCGCCCAAGUCUCCCGCUGCGCAGACCUGGGGUGCCGCGGAGCGCAGUAACACUACGGACGCUGCGAAAUUCUAUGGCGCAUCGCCACUGCCUCCAGCCUUUCAGAGCGCGAGUAGAAAGAAGGAUGCUCUACCCCCCCUUUCCCCCACCCGCAUUCCCCCUCACGCCUUGGCCGCCAGCCCUGCCACCAAGGCUCGGUUCGCCUACCCCCGGAGCAAAAUCUCUGCCGAAGCAGAAGGGUUGGCCAGGGAAGGCAAAUCUGCCGAACCUGAGGAUUCUCCAGGAUCAGGAGGUAUGGGAUGCCGCAAGCAGCAAGCAGGAGGUGCACUAAACAGCCCGAGCAACCACAGCAGUCCGAGAAACCAGGGUAACCAGUGCAACCGGGGUAACCAGAGUAACUGGGAUAACCAGAAAAGUCCGGGCGGCACAGCGGGUGUGGGAGACGGGAAGGCAAGGUUAGGCUCGGAAAGAAUUGCAAGGAGAGGGCUUGUGAAGCAUGCUAGUGUGGCAGAGAAGGGGAGAAGGGUGAGGAGAGGCGGGCACAGGAGGGCUGUUUCCUGGGCAAUGCCGGGGGAAUUGAGGUUGGAAGGGAGGGAGGAUGGCGUGGGGAGUGAGCUGUUCUCCAGACAAUCACCCGCUGCCACCGCUGAUGGCGCUACUGGCGGCAGAGGCGAGGCGGACGCAAAGGCAAACUUGAGCGGCCCUUCUGAGCCGAUUCAAAUUCCUUCUGCUGUUGGUGCUGCUGCUGGUGCCGACUCAGCCGCAGUCACACGAGAGGAGUCCGCAGAAGCAGACGAGCGAGGCCAGUGGGAGGAGGCGGAGCUGCAAAUCCGCACGCGGUUCUUCAAGGCGAGCCGCAAGCGCCUCUUCAGCCUCGCAGCCAAGGGCCUCUCCUCCUUCUCCCAACUCCUUGCUGCCGCCAGUGCUGCUGCUGCUGGGGCUGCUGCUGGCAUGGGCGUGGGGGGUGUGGGGGUGAAUGUGCUGGGUGGGGCGUUUGGGGAGGUGGAGGAGAGGUAUGAGGUGGAGGGGGGGAAGGAGCUGGGCGCGGGGCAGUUUGGGGUGACACGAGUGGUGGUGUGUCGGAGCACGGGGAGGAGGCUUGCAUGCAAGACCAUCAACAAGGCUGCUUUCAAGUCCAAAUUCGACAUCGAGAACGUGCGCCGCGAAGUCGCAAUACUGAACCUCCUCAAAUCCCACCCCAACGUGAUCCACCUAGAGGAAGCAAUCGAAACCCCGCAAGCCAUCCACCUGGUGAUGGAGCUGUGUUCGGGCGGCGAGCUGUUUGAGCGAAUCAAGGAGCGGCGGCGGUACAGCGAGCGGGAGGCGGCGGUGGUGAUGCGCGCGGUGCUGGGCGUGCUGCAGAGCUGCCACCAGCGCCACCACGUGGUGCACCGCGACAUCAAGCCUGAAAACAUCCUCCUCGCCCACCCCUCCUCCCCCACCGACGUGCGCGUCAUUGACUUCGGAGUCGCCGCGUUUCUCAAGCCCGGGGGGAAGAUGCUGACACAUGCCGUCGGGUCGCUGUUCUACAUCGCGCCGGAGGUGCUUUCCGGGUCGUAUGGGACGCCGGCGGAUGUGUGGUCGGCGGGGGUUGUCCUGUACGUGCUGCUGGCCGGCGUGCCGCCGUUUUGGGCGGAGACGGAGGCGGAGGUGACGAGGGCGAUCAAGGAGGCGGAGGUGGGGUUUAAGGGGUCGGCAUGGAGGGGUGUUACGGAGAAGGGGAAAGAUUUGAUUCUGCGGAUGCUGGAUCGGGACCAGAAGAGGCGGGUCUCGGCACAGGAGGCUCUAGGUGGGUGCUGUUGGGUAAGAUGGGUCUUCCUGUUGGGUAAGGUGGGUCCUGUGGAAUGA